GACAUCUGGGAGCUAAUGCAUUCAUAUGCAUGAUUGAACUUGAGUCUCUCUUUUUCUCUCGUGCUGGGAUGAAAUAUGGGAUCUGUGCAAAACAGGUGCUUGGUCUAAAUCUCAACCUCUGAAUCCCCUUUUGAAUGCUACAAUUUUAUGAUGCAUGGAUUUUCUUUCUUUUUCUUUCUUUUUUUCUUUCUAUAACUAGCACUGGAGGGCUUUAAUAUCGGAGCUCGUGCGAAUCAAGAGGAUUUUUCCCCCCACUCACUAUGCACGACCUCAAGAGUCACUAACACACGUAUACCAGGGAUUAUGCUCGACUGCUGCUUAUCGAGAAAGGCACGGUUUCCUUGAACGCAUGGCUCUGACCACACUGCAAUGAGGAUAAGUGUUUGAAAUCAAGCAGAGGAAAGACAUUCGAAGUGCUGUCAUGGAUUUAAAGGAUUUUUACCUAUUGGCAACCUUUGUGGCUUGCCUGUGGCUGGAUCCAGCCAUCGCCCAAGAGCUAAUUUACUCGAUCCGUGAGGAGCUGCAAGAGAACGUACUUAUUGGAAAUAUACCAAAGGAUUUGAACAUCUCCCAUAUGAAUGCUGCCAGCAACAAUCUGGUUUACCGUCUGGUGUCGAAAGCCGGGGACAACCCAUUACUGAGAGUAAUGAGCAACACAGGAGAGAUUUUUACCACCUCGAACCGCAUAGACCGUGAAAAACUCUGUCCUGGCCCAUCGUUCGAGGAUACCGAGUGCUCGUUCGAGAUUGAAGUGGUGAUCCUGCCUAACGACUACUUCAGACUAAUCAAAAUCAAGAUCAUCGUGAAGGACACCAACGACAACUCUCCGAUGUUUCCUUCUCCGUUGAUGAAAAUUUCCAUUCCUGAAAACACACUCAUAAACAGCCGCUUUGCCAUUCCCUCUGCGACCGAUCCCGACAUGGGAUCCAACAGCGUCCACAAAUAUGAACUCGUGGAUGUGCAGAAAACUUUUGGCUUGGAUAUUGUCGAGACGCAGGAAGGAGAAAAGUGGCCACAGCUGAUUGUCCAAGAGGAUCUGGACCGGGAGCAAAAAGACAUGCAUGUGUUGAAAAUCAAAGUGGAGGAUGGUGGAAAUCCACAGAAGUCCAGCACUGCCAUUCUUCAGGUUUUAGUCACUGAUGUCAAUGACAAUCGUCCAGUUUUUAAAGAAAGCCAAAUAGAAGUCCACAUACCUGAAAGCUCUCCAGUCGGGACUUCUGUUGUACAGCUCCAGGCUACGGAUGCAGAUGUUGGGUCCAACGCAGAAAUCAAAUACAUGUUUGGAACUCAAGUUUCUCCAGCCACACGGAGACUCUUUGCACUAAAUGCUACGACCGGACUGAUAACAGUACAGAGGCCACUCGAUAGGGAAGAGACUGCAAUUCAUAAGCUGUCAGUUUUAGCGAGUGAUGGAAGCUCCAGUCCAGCAAGAGCGACUGUAACAAUCAAUGUGACUGAUGUGAAUGAUAAUGCUCCAAAUAUAGACCUGAGAUACAUUAUCAGUCCUACUAAUGGCACCGUAAUGCUGUCUGAAAAAGACCCCAUUAACACUAAAAUAGCUCUUAUCACCAUCUCUGAUAAGGACACCGAUGUCAAUGGCAAGGUGAUCUGUUUUAUUGAAAAGGACGUGCCGUUUCACCUCAAAGCUGUCUAUGACAACCAGUAUUUGUUGGAAACUUCAGCAUUGUUGGAUUACGAAGGGACCAAGGAGUACAUUUUUAAAAUCGUGGCUUCUGACUCCGGAAAGCCUAGUUUGAACCAGACCGCUUUGGUAAAAGUGAAGCUGGAGGAUGAGAAUGACAAUCCACCCAUAUUUAGUCAGCCUGUUAUCGAACUGUCAGUCAUGGAAAAUAACCAGCGUGACCUUUUCCUAACAACCAUUAGUGCCACGGAUGAAGACAGUGGGAGGAAUGCAGAAAUCGUCUACCAGCUCGGACCCAAUGCCUCCUUCUUCGAUCUGGACCGCAAAACAGGGGUGCUGACCGCCUCGAGGGUCUUUGACAGAGAAGAUCAAGAUAGGUUUCUCUUCACCGUCACAGCAAGAGACAACGGCACCCGGGCUUUGCAGAGCCAGGCAGCUGUGAUAGUUACCAUUUUAGAUGAAAAUGACAACAGCCCCAAGUUCACGCACAAUCACUUUCAAUUCUUUGUGUCUGAGAACUUGCCUAAGUAUAGUACAGUAGGAGUGAUUACAGUCACAGAUGCAGAUGCAGGUGAAAACGCAGAGGUGUCCCUCUCCAUACUCAAUGAUAACGAAAACUUUAUUCUUGAUCCCUUCUCCGGAGUUAUAAAAUCAAAUGUUUCCUUCGACAGAGAGCAACAAAGUUCUUACACCUUCGACGUAAGGGCUGUUGAUGGUGGUCGUCCUCCAUGUUCGUCAGUUGCCAAAGUCACCAUCAAUGUCAUUGAUGUCAACGACAACCCACCCGUUGUCAUUUUCCCUCCAUCAAAUACUUCUUUUAAACUUGUACCACUUUCUGCUAUUCCGGGAUCCGUAGUCGCUGAGGUUUUUGCUGUGGAUGGAGAUACAGGAAUGAAUGCCGAAUUAAAAUACACUAUCAUUAGUGGUAAUGGCAGAGGACUUUUCAGGAUUGAUCCUGUUACGGGAAACAUUACAUUAGAGGAGAAACCCACGAUUGCGGAUAUUGGCCUCCAUCGUCUGGUGGUCAACAUUAGUGACCUCGGCUAUCCAAAGUCCCUGCACACUCUAGUUCUUGUUUUUCUUUACAUCAAUGACACGGUCGGAAAUUCAUCUUUUAUCAAUGACCUUAUCCGGCGCACUAUGGAGACGCCUUUGGAUAGGAAUAUCGGUGACAGUAGCGAAACAUAUCAGAACGUCGACAACCUUAAAACUAUCAUUGCCAUUGUCACAGGUGCUAUGGUGGUAAUCGUAGUGAUAUUUAUUACCGUCCUGGUUCGUUGCCGCCAUGUUUCCCAGUUUAAAGCAGCUCAAAGGAAGAAACAAGGUGCCGAGUGGAUGUCGCCCAACCAGGAGAACAAACAGAACAAAAAGAAAAAGCGCAAGAAAAGGAAGUCACCCAAAAGCUCCCUGCUUAACUUCGUUAGUAUCGAGGAGAACAAACCUGAUGAUCCAGCUCACGAACCCAUCAAUGGCACCAUCAGCAUCCCAGCUGAACUCGAGGAGCCAGGGAUCGGACGCUUUGACUGGAACACAACGCCGACUACCACCUUCAAGCCCAAUAGCCCUGACUUAGCAAGGCACUACAAGUCAGCCUCACCCCAGUCGGCUUUUCACGUCAAGGCCGACACUCCAGUUUCGGGGAAAAAGCAUCACGUUGUUCAGGAGCUGCCCCUCGACAACACUUUCGUCGGGGGAUGCGACACGCUUUCCAAACGCUCGUCGACUAGCUCGGAUCACUUCAGUGCCUCGGAGUGCAGCUCCCAAGGAGGCUUCAAGACAAAAGGAGGGACCUUACACAACAGACAGGGGACUCUACCACGUGCUCGGACUGAGCUGAACCCAGAUUAUCUGGACCUGCGCUCUAGAACGGACCUGAACCCUGAAUACUGGACGCCGUGCACACCACUGUCUCAGCGGCGUGUGACCUUUCACCUUCCUGACGGUUCUCAGGAGAGCUGCAGUGACAGCGGUUUGGGUGAGCCAGAGUCUGUCGGGGGUGGAGCUUUGAUUUCAAAGCCCCUCCCACUUUCACAGGAAGAGUUCUAUGAGCAAGACAAACGAACCGAGGCUGAUGGCAACUCCGAUCCGAACUCGGAUGGACUUUUAGGACCCAGAGGCCUAAUGGAAGCAACAGAGAUGUGUACACAAGAGUGUCUAGUGCUCGGCCACUCGGAUAACUGCUGGAUGCCCCCCAAGUCGCCGGCUUCAUCCUACGGAGGCGGCCAGAACGAGUGGACGAAAGACAAACUGCAGAAUGGUCACACGCUAACCCGUGGCUGGAAGAGCAGCCACGAGCACUUCGGAGACCGGAAAUCUUUCAACGUAGGAGGAGUUGGAGUGAGCAGUCACAUAACCGACAUCCCAUUGGCCAGUUUGAAAUCCUACCAGGCCUCUUCUGGCACUGAAAACCCAAAGGAGCAACAGCUUUAAGAGCAUUUACUCCAUUACUGAUAUUUUAUUCCGGUUAAAAAAAAAAAAAA